AUGUCACUUACACCUUCCAAUACCACAAUUCUUAUCAAAAACGUUGAAACUGGAGAAACUCUUGAAGAAAAAGUUAUCCCUACUGAGUUGUUACAAGUUGGAGAUAUCGUCAAAGUCAUUCCAGGAGAUAAGAUCCCUGCUGAUGGAAUUUUAUUAUCCGGAGAGUCAACAAUCGAUGAAUCCAUGGUAACAGGAGAAGCAUUUCCUGUAAGAAAACGCCAAAACGAUUCAUGUAUCGGUGGAACAGUUAACGGGUCAGGAAAAUUUGAAAUGAAAAUUAUGCGUGCGGGAAGUGAUACAGCACUAGCACAAAUCGUGAACCUUGUAAAAGAAGCACAAACCUCAAAAGCUCCCAUACAAGAACUUGCAGAUACUGUAGCAGGAUAUUUUGUGCCUGUAGUUGUAAUGUUAGGAGUUCUUACAUUUACCACUUGGAUGAUCCUUUCAAAUGUUUUAGAUCCACCACCAGAUAUUUUUAAAGAUGACAAUAACCGUUUAGUAAUUUGUCUUAAACUUAGCAUUUCUGUAAUCGUAGUUGCGUGUCCGUGCGCUUUGGGACUUAGCACACCAACUGCUGUAAUGGUUGGAACCGGUGUUGGAGCUCAGAAUGGAAUAUUAAUUAAAGGUGGUAAUUCACUCGAAGCCGGACAUAAAGUUAAUCAA